CUCCCUCAACACAGAGCAGAGAGUUUGAGCCCAGCCUCCACGAUACAAAGCUCCACAUCAUUGGAGACUUGUUACUCACAUGUAAGCAGAGCGACUGGGAGGCAGGGCACUUUAGAGAAACAGAGACACAGCAAGAGAGAGAGCAGUAGUGGAAAGACAGAGAGACAGGCAGAAACUGAGGCAUGUCCAGAACCUGACACGCUAACAGGACUUGGAGCACUGAACAGCUGAAGGUUUAUGCCAGCUCUCAUCAGCUGCUUUGUGAAAGCCUGGAAUCACUCAUACAGAAGAAGACAACACCAAUCAGCCACUAUGCAAAGAGUCUGUAUAGGCCUUUUCCCACUGAUCCCCUUAAUAACAGCCGUCCUGAUCCUCCUGCUGUGUUCAGCUGGUUCUGGUCUGGAGCUGAACCCCAGCACGAAAGAAAUCAUCCUGACCGCUAAUUCCUCCAUCUCCAUCAUCUGUUCGGGCUGGGCGUCCGUUUCCUGGCGCUACAAAAGAGACGAGAAUGUACCUAUGUUUAGAACAGAGAACCGAUCCCGCACUUCUAGUGUUCUUUACCUGGAGAAUGUCACAUGGAAUCAAACAGGAGUGUACGUGUGCUCUGAGGAUGGCUCUGAGGAGAGCAGAGAGGUGGCCAUCUAUGUGCCUGAUCAGGACGAGUGGUUUUUGGAGAAUGAAUACAAUGCAGUUACUAAAACAAGUAAUGUAGGAACAAUACCCUGUCUGGUAACAGACCCAAAAAUAAACGUGACCGUUCAUGAAAAAGACAAUGAUAUCCCUGUGAUGGGCAAGUACAAUCCCACCAGUGGCUUUACAGGAAUAUUGGAAGACAAGAUUUACAGAUGCAGAGGUGAAUACAAUGGAGAGGAAAAGUGGUCCAAUUUAUUCUACGUCUUCAGCAUCUUAGUUCCUGAGGUUCUGGACACCCACAUCAGCGCCUCGAAGACGGUGCUGAAACAAGGCGAGCCGCUCAGCGUCAACUGCACGGCCUAUGGAGUUGAGCUCGUCUUCUUCACCUGGGAUUAUCCGAACAAAGAUACUGAAGAUGUAGAAAUCCUGACAGACAUAAUCCCAGCGACCAUGAGCAUGCGCUCAUUCCUCAACAUUUCUCAAACCACUCUGCAAAACUCUGGACAAUACUUCUGCCAUGCCCAAGAGAGCGUGAGCAACCAUCGCAAUUUGCUUAGCAUCAACAUCACUGUGCUGGAGAAAGGUUUCGUCGAGCUGAGCUCAUUUCUAAGUCCCAACAUUUCCGCAUUGCUGCAUGAGAACGUGGAGCUGAGGGUGGAGGUAGAAGCAUAUCCCAAGCCUCAAAUCCGCUGGAGCAAAGACGGAGCCACAAUCAACGGAGACAAUAUCAUCAGCACGGGGCAGGAACAAGAGACCAGGUACGUCAGCACAUUAACUCUAGUGAGAAUUCGCCUAGAGCAGAAAGGAUAUUACACUAUUCAUGUUGGAAACGAGGAUGAUUCUAAAGAGAUGACCUUUGAUCUAGUAGUUAAAGUUCCCCCUCAGAUAACCGAACUUUCAGAUCAUUACCUGCCGGAUAAGAAGCACGGCGUCACCUGUGUGGCAGAGGGAGUCCCAUCUCCCACAAUCCAGUGGUUCACCUGUGACAGCAUGCACAAAUGCAGUAACAAAAGCGCCGUGUGGAGCCCCCUAGUGCCAGAUACAGAAAGUGUCAGCAUUGUGACUAACACAACCUUUAACGAGAGCCGCAAGAUCCACCAGGUGUACAGCCAGGUGAUGUUUCUCCUUCCUCAGCAGAUCACUGUCCGCUGCCAGGCCAGGAACGAGAGAGGAGCUCGGGCAAGGGACAUCAGACUUGUCACUAGUACUCCCUUCUCACAGGUGGCUGUUCUGGCUGCUGUUCUUGGUCUAGUCAUCAUAGCCAUCAUUUUUAUCAUCAUCCUAAUUGCUGUGUGGAGGAAGAAGCCACGUUAUGAGAUCAGAUGGAAGGUAAUCGAGUCUGUGAGUCAGGAUGGACAUGAAUAUAUCUACGUAGACCCUGUUCACCUCCCUUAUGACCUGGCUUGGGAGAUGACUCGAGACAGUCUGGUCCUAGGUCGCACUCUGGGAUCAGGGGCAUUUGGAAGAGUAGUGGAAGCAACUGCAUAUGGACUCACCAAUUCCCAAUCUUCUACUAAAGUGGCAGUGAAAAUGCUCAAAUCAACGGCACGCAGGAGCGAGACUCAGGCUCUGAUGUCUGAGCUGAAGAUCAUGAGUCACCUGGGUCCACACCUCAACAUCGUCAAUCUGCUGGGAGCCUGCACUAAACAAGGUCCUCUGUACCUGGUGACGGAGUUCUGUCGAUACGGAGACCUGGUGGGAUACCUGCACAGGAACAAGCAGAGCUUCCUGCAGAACUAUGCUAACAAGAGUCACCAGUGCAGUGACAGUCACAUCUGCAUUGACUCUUAUGUGCCUUCUGGGAAAGGCUAUGUGUCAUUUGGCUCUGAGAGUGAUGGUGGUUAUAUGGACAUGAGGAAAGAGGACGUGACUGAAUAUGUGGCCAUGCAAGAGCUAUCAGACACCAUCAAAUACGCUGAUAUCCAGCCACCUCCUUAUGAGUCACCAUAUCAGCAGGACAUCUACCAGGAACAAGGUCACAGAGUGGACCUCUCACUGGUCAUCAGUGAUUCUCCUAUUCUGAGCUACACCGAUCUGGUGGGCUUCAGCUUUCAGGUGGCACAAGGCAUGGAGUUUCUGGCCUCCAAAAAUUGUGUUCAUCGGGACCUGGCAGCUAGGAACGUCUUAAUAUGUGAGGGAAAACUGGUAAAAAUCUGUGACUUUGGGCUGGCCCGAGACAUCAUGCAUGACAACAAUUACAUCUCCAAAGGCAGCACUUUCCUGCCCCUGAAAUGGAUGGCCCCAGAGAGCAUCUUCCAUAACCUCUACACCACGCUCAGUGAUGUCUGGUCUUAUGGUAUUUUGCUGUGGGAGAUAUUCAGUCUGGGAGGAACCCCAUACCCAGAUCUUCCUAUGAACGAGCACUUCUAUAACGCUCUUAAGAGAGGCUAUCGGAUGACCAAACCCAGGCACGCCUCAGAGGAAAUUUAUGAGGUGAUGAGGAAGUGCUGGGAAGAGAAGUUUGAGAAAAGGCCAGAGUUCUCCUAUCUGGUGCAAGAAAUGGGGAACAUGCUUACCGACGGCUAUAAAAAGCGAUACUCCCAGGUCAGUGAGAGCUUUCAGAAGAGUGAUCAUCCAGCUGUGGUACGCAGCAAGCCCAGGGUGCCCUCUCCAUUCCCGGGCACACUCCCUCCCUCUUCCACCAUUUUCCCUCCAACCUCCACACCUAACCAUUGCCUAGAGGCUGAUCAGGAGAUGGCACUAGCACCUUAUAACGGUUACAUCAUCCCAAUCCCUGACCCCAAGCCUGAAGAAGAGUGCCAGGAAGUCAGUAUGCCAACAGAAAGCCUCUCAAGCUCUGUAGCAUCUGAGGCAGAAACAGCAUCAUUGGAGGCUUCCAGUGCAGAACAGGAGUGCAAAUAUCGACUGAAGGACCGCUCCAAAACUCCUUAUGCAGAGGAGAGCUUCCUGUAACACCAUGUAGCUUCCUCUUACACUGGAGAAAAUCUGAGGUUGACAUUCAAACAAAAAGCAGACAGAGCGUCUGGUUAAUAUAGAGCCUAUAGGGUGACAUGAUGGUUGUUAGACACAACUGAUUAAUCUAUAUCAAGGCCAUAAAUUGAUAUUUCAAGAUGUUGUAAUCCAUUGUACUCAAUACUCAAAAACAAAAGUUCUAAAAGCGGUCCAGUGCUUUAGCUAAGAAAGACAUGGAAGUGUCUUUACACAACAAUAUGAUCUAUAGGAAUUAUUUCUGUGCAAGUAACAAAAAGAAAUUGCAUAUAAUGAAUGAUAUUUCAAUUCAAUGACAGUUGAUUGAGUUUCAAGUACAUUGGAUUGCAUCAUAAGGUAUUUUGUGGGCACAAAUUAGCCAUUGGUUAAUACACUGCAGGAACGUCAUAUUUAAUACUUAAAGUCACCUCCAGCUAAUUAUUUGGAGCAAAAGUUUAUUUGUUUUAAUGUGAUGUGGACUACAUCAUACUGAAGCAUAUUAUACUAUGUUACAUCACCAGUGAGUCCAUUGUGUGUCAUACCAAGAUGAAAAUUAAAUGUACUAUUAUCUGUCAGGUCCAUUCAUAGGCUUAUGUUACCACAACACUGGUCUAAUUCCUUUUAAAUUAUAAGGUGGCUCAAAUUAAGUAAUAGAUCUUGAGAAACUCAACUAGUGUCCUCAGUGUAUAAAUUUCAGACUAAAAUGUAUUUAAAAGUGUUAAUUUUUUUUCUUUCUUAAACCGUUAUUUUGUACAAGAGCAGUCAGGAUUACUACAUGCAACUUGUAUCAGCUUUCAUACAACAUCUUACUAUAUCUUAGGGAAAAUUUUGGAGGAUUGUAUUUUGGAGGAACAGAUUUCAAUGUGGAAAGCUGAGUGUUUUCAAUGCUGCGUUCGACUUCUAGCUCAGAAUUUCCCAUCUCUGACAAAAAAAAAACAAAGAAAAAGUGAUGGGGUGCCAGAGUUAGAACAAAAUGAGCCAAUUGUCAUGCAGGUGAACUGCAAGCAUUAGCAAGGAAAUAAAGAAUGUUCUGAUCACAAUUACAGGUAGGAAUGUUUAGUGUAGGUUUAAGGUUAGGAGCAUAAAAGAGUGCACCCCUCAAUUCAGAUAGGUGUCAGAGCUAGAUGAAAAUCAUGAGGUGCAGACAUAUGAGUUUAAAUGAUGACUGAUGUUUACUGAUAUUGUUACAGUUUGUACGUUAUAGUGUCUGCUUAUAUUUACAUUAAUUUGGAUAAAUUAUAAAUUACCCAGAAAGCAAAUUGUAGUUCGGUCAGUCGUGACUCAAAACUCUACUGCACGUACUCCGGUUCUAAUCUAAACGCAGUCAUGAUGGGGAAUUUGAACCCAAUUAAACACAAUUUAAAAUUAUAUAAUGUUAGUCAUAUAUACAGUCAUUGGGCUCAUUUCAAUCCAUCAGGCAAAACCUAACAGGGAUUGCUAGCAGCUGAAGGGGAGUUUUGUUCUCCUAGGCUGGCUCCUAGGUUAGAAAUACUGAGUUAGUCGAAAGCAGCACAAAAAUACUUUUUCAGAAAUUUCUGUGGAAGCGCCAUAUUUUCAAGGCUUUUACGGGAUCUGUUAAAACGUAUUGAUUGCUGUUGCUAGUUUGUCAAUGCUUUUAGGUGAAUAUACAUAUCAAAUAUACAGAUUCUGUGCUAUAAUAUAUAAAUAGACCUGUACACACAUUGACAGUGGUUCAAGUUGAGGCUUGCCAUGAGCUGCCUUAUGUUUUUAAUGCUGCAUUAUAAAACUUAUGAAGUUGAGCUAAAAAUUAUGAUUAUUUCUUCUUCCAUCAUUCUUAACAUCAGCUAAACCCUGCCGAACCUGCUUACUUUGUAUCAGCUCUGGGGAAUGCAGUUUGUGUGCUUCGGUGAGUGCUACUGUACCUUGUGCAUUUUUGACAGAUAUUGAAAUGCUCUCAUGAACAAAUCUAACCAUUACUUUUUAUGCAAAUGGUUUCAAGCUAACUUUGAAAGCAUGAGACCAUACGGAAAAUUUGCAGUUGAUACAUUCCUGAAUAAAGCUAUGAAUAGUUAGAGACAGGAACAAAAAAUCAGGUUGAGCUAUUUACAGUAAUAUAAAAUAGAGAAUGUUACAGUUCAGUGUGUUUAAAAGUCUAUAUCUUCAAAAAAGACUUUGGAAUCAUGGUAUCAAAUGACAUCUAAGUAGCAGCACUAUAUAUAUAUAUAUAUUUGAAGAAUUUUUUUGUCUUUUUCUUUUGGAAGACAUGUCUAUGAAAGUAUUUUCUAUCUCACAACUGUUGAUCAGAGUCUUAUGCAAAAGAACUACAUAUGUUUAUUUUUUUUUUUUUCUUUAUAUGAUUUCCCUAUAUUUGACCUUUUAGGUAGAGAAUUCUUAUAAGCCUUGUAGCAAAUUUGCACUUUAAAAAAAUAAUAUUGGAAACUAUGACCUAGAUGAUUUUUUAUUUUUUUUUUUUGGAAUUAUUUUAUUUUUUUUUUAACUUUAAUGAGUGAAUUGAAGGUACGUGAAAUGAAUUGAGGUAUUGUGUACCGUUGAUGCAGUAUUAUAAAGAAGAAUGAUUUCCUUCCUUUAGCAUUGUAGUCUUCUGAUUGAAAUACUAGUGAAACAGCACAGGUUAAGGUACUAGAUGCAGGGCAACUCUUUAAGUGUGAAAUUUGCUUUGUGUUACUUAUUUUUGCUAAAAUAGACUGUAUCUUUAUAUUAAAAUAGUAGUACAUUGUUGAGCCUCCAGUAAAAGUCGCUUUUUAAACCAAUAAAGGGCAAAUCACAUUUUUAUAUAUAUAGAAAAAAAUCACAAGAAACAGUAAAAACUAACCUCAGAACGGUAGCGAUGGCUCAUGCCUUAUACCUACUAAAACAGCCAUUUGUUUUGUAAAACACAUAAAAAUAUAGUGCUUUGACUUUGACCUUUCUUGAUUUUAUUGUAGCCUUUUUUUUUUUUGUAUAUGAGCCAAACCUUAUUUAGUGUCACACAUCAUUAAUCACACUUUAUGAGAAAAUAUUAUACACGCUAUGGUACCAAAGCUUCUACAGUAUGUAUGUUUACAAGUGUAUUUUUGUAUAAAUAUUUUGUAUAUUGUACUUUAAUGUACUGAAUGUACUAUAUGUAAAGGAAACCUAUAAUAAAAAAUCCUGAUUAUGUCUCUUUAA